CAGAAAUCCCAGAUGAGCAGCUCCUGGGGGCUACAGACUUGGAGCCCGAGCCCGAAGAGACACAAUGGACGGACACCUCAUACACCAGCGCCUCCUUCGAGUCCCUACCACCAGCUCCUGUCGAGGAGAUCAAAAAGAAGCCUAAGAAGAAGAAGAAGGCGGUGGAAGAAGAGGUGAUAGUAGAGGAGGUAGCUUUCCAAUGGUCUGAAGAGAGUCUUCCGCAAGAAGAAGAAGUUGACGAGAAGAAAGUCGCCGAAGAACAGGUAGUGGUGACGAAAAAAAAGAAGGGGAAAAAGGAUAAGAAGCCGAAAGAAGUAAUACCGGAUUUUGAGAAGCCCAAAGAGUGGAAGAAAAUGAAUAAGAAAGACCGAGAUCUGUGGCUCGUGAACCGAAUAGAAGAGUGGCGAGCCGAGAUGGAAGCGGAAAAGCAAGCAAGGCUGGCGGGUGCGAAAGAGAAGAAAUUAGCCCUGGCGAGGGAGAGGGCAGAACUCUUAGCCAAGGACAAUGCGGAACAAGAGAUAAGGAGAGAUAUAUUAGCGAAGACUUGUUCCCUGUUUGCCAAAUUUGAAAGGGAGAAAAUCGAAUAUUUGAAUAAUUUACAGCGACAGGCGGAGUGGCAACAAUACCUCCGGUGCGACGGUCUGCCAGACCCCCGCGUGCCCACGCAGAUGGCCACUUACAUCCAUGUCUGGCAAAACACGAACGCGUGUGACGCAGAUGAGUUGGACAGGCGCUGUGUUGAGGCUUUACCGAUGAUAAUGAUGCUCGAAGAAAUGGUGGCAAAUCCGAAACAGUACACACCGUUGCGACUGCAGAUCUUCAAUGAAGUUCGCCUGCAGCUACGCGAGCAGCUCUCCGAAACCAUCCAGUGCGCGUCCUACAUGACACUGCGCAAUUUGGAAAAGAACCUCAAAAUGGUGUCGAUCAAGUUAGCGACGUACAACAGGGAGUUUAAAGCUUUGAAGCUGAACAUAUGGGUGGCUGUGCGCAUGCCCACUAGGAAGUUGAAGCCAGUGGAACCGGAGCCUGAACCCAUUGAUCUAGAGUUUCCGGCGUUGAAUGUGGCCCUGAAACUGCCUAAAUCCAUAGACGGGAGCUGCGUAUGUGUGCGUGCGGCCAAGUCAGAGGUGGAUUUAUUGAGCGAGUCGUCGAAGACUUAUGCGCUAGCUGCCGAAGUAGCCAAUAGAUACACAGACCUGUUCGUGUUUAUGGUGAAGGAGCACGUGGAGAUGCUGAAGAUCAAAGCGGAACAGGACGCCGUCCGAUCCGCCUUCUACAAAGAAGUCAACGCCAAGAUCAGAGAGCUGGAAGCUUUCUUGAAGGCCAACAUAUAUACGAAGAACGAACAGGAAAAGGAAGACCUUGAUAAUCUCAAUCUGUCGGAGCCUCCGUUCAUGCAAGAUCCUAGGACGCUGAUAGGAGAAAAUAACGAAGCGGCAUUUAAAAAGUUCCUAAAGAAAUGUAUGAUAAAAACCAAAACGGGCGAGGUCCAACUCAGAAAAUACAGGAUAUGCGGGGGUACGCUCAACUUGGACCUUUUAAUAGUGCCGCCUCAGCCCAAACGGCUCAGAAACAACGUGUAUCUCUCUACAUUGCUUCUACCAAAACGGCUCCAAGCCACGCCGUACCAAGUGCAGUUCAGGGCCCCAGGGCCCCCGCCGCCAGGGGUCACUCGGACCCCUGAGGAGAUCGAAGCGGAGAUGAAGAAAGUGGAAGCGGAAUAUGAGAAAUUGGCCCUUGUGUUCAUACAAUUGCCUCAGGACAUCAUGUGGACAGAGCCGCCUGUCAUCUGUCAAUGGCAAGAGGCCAGGAAACUCUGGACUACCAACUACAUCAACGACUACAAGUUUAACGAGGAUAAACUGACGGUUCAGUUCAGGACUGGGGUGCUAUGGCCCAUCGGUAUAGCUACGCUGCGCUACAAUAACAUGCCCUACCAAGGAUGGGAUAUGAAACCAAAUCCGAACGGGAAAGGCGUCCUCUUGACCGUGACGGGCGCGUGCAUAACUGUCACGUGGCUAUGCAUCGGCAACUCGGUCAAACUGAAGUGGCUAGCCAAUGCAACCACUCGCGCGCUCAGGCAGCAUAUUAACAAGAAAUAUUCGGUCAAGAAGAUGGUGCAGCUCAUGCGUGACGCAGCGUGCGACUUCUUUCCCGACUUUGACGGACACAACCACAUAGAAGGCACGUGCCCGAAGGAAUGGGUCAUCGAGCGGCACACGUACCACGCGAUGGCUAUGCUGUCCAGGGCGUAUAACUUCCAAUGGAGCAGAUGGAACGUUGGUGCUGGGAGCCGGAAUAUAGUGAUGCAGCUCAGAGAGGCAGUGGACAAGAAACGAGAGGCCAAAUUCAACCUGUUGUACGUGAAUCCGAAACAGGCUACCAUUCUGAGAUGCAAUGAGCUGAGCACGGAGUUAACCCUGGAACCCAUGCUUGGACUAGGGUUCUACCCCGACCUGUUCACCCUGAACAUGGCUUACGGGUCGGUGGACGCGCGCCGCGCCACCUUCAACAUGAAGUUCAACCUGGUGGAGACGGUCUUCGAGAUGCUGCAGGAACUCAAGCUGUCCAGCUUCUCGUAGAA